UAUUAGUGAGUAUUAAGUAUUACAUACCUAAUUAAAUAAUUAUAAGUCGGCUAUUAAAUUGGAUUAAUAAUACAUCGAUAUUCGAUACCGGUGCGCGAGUUGUGGCUGGUGAGAAAGAGUGCAUAAAACAAUUUGAAAGCCUACGAAAGAAACGGCAAAACAAGACUUCUUUAUUUUUGGUCUAGACAGGGUGUAGUUAUUACUUAUUAGUGUGUCGUGGUUGCUGCUCGCGUUACCAAUAGAGUGGGUCUAAUGAAGUGAUUGACUGUGAACAGUAAGCAUUCUAUACACGACAUGUCUGCGUCGGCUAUCUACAUAUUGGACGUCAAGGGCAAAGUGUUGAUAUCCCGUAACUACCGUGGUGACAUCGCGCCCAACGUCAUUGAGAAGUUCAUGCCACUGUUGAUGGAAAAAGAAGAGGAGGGAUCAUUGACGCCUCUACUGCAGACUGAAGAGUGUACGUUCACAUACAUAAAAUGCAACAACCUGUAUGUCGUGUCCACGACCAAGAAGAAUGCCAACAUCAUGCUGGUGUUUGUGUUCCUACACAAGAUUGUACGUGUUAUGAAUGAAUACUUUAAGGAAAUCGAAGAGGAGAGUAUACGUGACAAUUUUGUAGUCAUAUAUGAACUUUUGGAUGAGCUGCUUGACUUUGGAUAUCCACAGACUACUGACAGCAAAAUCCUACAAGAGUAUAUCACACAAGAUGGCCAUAAAUUAGAAAUACAACCGAGGAUCCCUAUGGCGGUGACUAAUGCUGUGUCUUGGCGCUCUGAAGGGCUCAAGUAUAGAAAAAAUGAAGUAUUUUUAGACGUUAUCGAAUCAGUAAAUUUGUUAGCCAGUGCCAAUGGAAAUGUACUAAGGAGUGAAAUAGUGGGUUCAAUUAAAAUGAGAGUCUACUUGUCUGGGAUGCCAGAGUUACGUUUAGGGCUUAAUGACAAGGUAUUGUUUGAAAGCACUGGACGUGGAAAAUCUAAAUCUGUAGAACUUGAAGAUGUCAAAUUCCAUCAAUGUGUUCGUCUAUCACGAUUUGAAAAUGAUAGAACUAUAUCGUUUAUUCCUCCAGAUGGAGAAUUUGAUUUGAUGACAUACAGGCUGAGUACACACAUAAAACCUUUAAUUUGGAUUGAAAGUGUCAUCGAAAGACAUGCCCACAGUCGUGUUGAAUAUAUUGUUAAAGCAAAAUCACAGUUCAAGCGUCGGUCUACUGCCAAUAAUGUAGAAGUAGUCAUUCAAGUUCCAAUGGAUGCUGAUUCUCCUAAAUUCAAAACUACUGUUGGUUCAGUUAAGUAUAUGCCAGAGCAAAAUUCUUUAGUAUGGUCUAUAAAGUCUUUCCCGGGUGGCAAAGAAUAUUUGAUGAGAGCACAUUUCGGUUUGCCAAGUGUUGAAAAUGAGGAAACUGAAGGYCGGCCUCCUAUACAAGUGAGGUUUGAAAUACCAUAUUUCACAACAUCGGGCAUUCAAGUCAGGUACUUGAAAAUUAUUGAGAAGAGUGGUUAUCAAGCAUUACCUUGGGUACGAUACAUCACCCAAAAUGGAGACUACCAGUUAAGAACCAACUAAAAUACUGAGUUAAUAUUAUUAUUAUAACUGAAUAUAUGAUAUUUAUGGUAUUAUUAUAUAUUACUUCAAAUAAGAUAGCAUUUACUUAACUUUACUUUUAGUUAAACUACAAAAAACAUUUUUUUUUUUUUUAAUUCGUUGAUCCGUCCUGUGCAUUAUAUUUUUAAUUUAACAUGUUACUACAUUAUUAUUGCUAAACGAAAAAUGACUGGUGUACAUAUUAACUGUUUGUUGAUUUUAUUGUGAAAACAAUAUCCUAUAUUCUAAUAAAUUGUAAAUAUUCCAUGAAACAAAUCGUAACAAUAUGUUUAGUCAUUAUUGGCUUAAGCCAUCAUAUUAUGUACCAAGAUUUUAUUCAAUUUUUAUCAUUAUUAAUUAUUAUUAAUAUUAUUAGUUAUUGUUAAGAACAUAUAUAAUACAUUUGAAUAAAAUAUCAAACGAGUAUAACUUAAUCUGCCAUUGUUAUUUUGUUUUUUUUUUAAAUAUGACAUGUUAGGUACUAUCUACCUAUUAAUUUAUUUUAUUUUUGGGAAUAAAAUUAAGAGCUGAUAGAAGUGCUAUCAUAUUAUAUAAUAAUAUAAAUAUUAUUAUAACUGUAUUAUUAUUUACUAUACCAAGCGGUGUUAGCUUAAGUUAAACAUGUGUACCUAUAAGGGUUACAUAAUAUGUAUUAUCCAAAAAGUAUUGAUAAAUAUAAAUAUAAAUUACAGCUGAACACAGAAUGUGUAAAUAAAAUCGGUGGUGUGUAAAAUACUUCACAGAGUAACAAACUAGGCAAAAUGUAAUAUAUUUUGUGCUAAUACCAUUAUUAUUCU